AUGCUGGGGAAGAAUGCUGCUCGUCUCUUCCGUCCGGUACCAGACCAUGUUCACAUCGACACACCCCCUUCACUGGACAGCGCCACCUCACGCGACAGGCGAACCCAUAUGCUUCGAGUCGCCAUCGUCUCUACUAUUGGUUGCUUGGUCCUCGUCUGCAAUGCCGUCCUCUCGACACUACCGCUCAUCCCCGGGCUGAGGCUGCGGCUACCUGAAGGAUGUAUUUACGUCGAAGGAAUCCUGAGUGUCCUCAGCUGUACACUUUUCUUGGUUGGAAGCAUUUUCGCCUUUCUGGAAGCAUGGGAGCUGGAUCAUGGCAAGGAACCGGGCUUUGCUUCGAAGAUGCAGGGGGUCACGGAAUGUCAGACUGGCGACGGUGACAAGUCUGAGGAGAAAUCUACGGAGGAGGAUGUCCCCGCGAUGGAUGGCACAUCAGAGACUCGUGCGAUGUCUCUCAAUAUCAGCGACUCCGAACAACACGACGAAAACAGCACCCCUCCAGCUUACACCGAGACGGACAACUCCAACCACAACCACCAGUCCGAAAAGCCUACCGAGCCCUCCGUCACCCCCAAGCUAUCCCGAUCCCGAUAUCUCGAACUAGGCAUCUUCGCUAGCACGAUCUUCCUCUGCAGCUCAGCCCUGUACUGCGCGACCUCCAUCGCCUCGCUCGUCACAAUCCUCAAGAGCGGAACAAUCGCACGCUGCAUCCGCUACCCCCAGCUCCUCGCAGCAUCUGGAUUCGUUAUCGCUUCAUUCCUCCUGAUCAUCAAAACUCAACGGCAUUCCCGCGACAGCUGGUGGCGACUGCCGUUGCGCUCUUUGGGAUUCCAGAUCAACUUCUGGAAUUUGGUGGGCGCGUUCGGGUUUAUCCUAUGUGCCUGCUUUGGCUUGCAGGAGCAGGUUUUCUGGGCGCAGCAGCAGUUUGGAUACAGCUACCUUUGGGGCUCCUGGGCGUUUCUAGUGGGCAGUGUGACCCAGUGGUAUAGGUCGAUGCACAAGAAGGAGGAGGUGGUGGAGGUUUGGAGUGUUGAGAAGUCUCCGGUUUGA